CGGAGCAGCAGCAGCGCAAACCCUGGACUCUCCUCUGACUCACGUUUGUGUUUUUAUUUCACUGAAAGAAGAAAAAAUUAAAAAGUAAAAUAAAUAAAUUCUCACCUCGUGUUUGUGAUGAGAUGAUGACGCGCGCGUGGAGCCGUUAAAGGAUCAUGUGACUCGUCGCCGUGGGAACAGAUGUAAAUCCACUUUCUCAAGCAACGUCGGAACCUCACGGAGAUUUCCGGAUGCCUAGUGACCUCUGACCCUCGCAACAUGGACGCCCGUCUGCAGGCAAACCCUCAGCUCCAGGUCAACGGUGGAGCGGCGAGGAAUUCACGACUCAGCAAAGAUGAAGCACUGCAGUUCCUGAGUCAGGAGGAGCAGGAGUGCAUCCAGUUCUUUGAGGACACCAUCGACUCACUGGACGAGACCAUACACGAGGACGACCGCAGUACCAGGCACGUGAUGUCCGCCACCAACUACACCCCCAACCGCAGACCUGUGGACAACAGUGAUGUCCCCCUCACCUCCAGUCCACAUCACGAGAUACCUACGUCUUCUGUCCUGGCCAGACCUCUCAGUCCUAAAGAUCAGGAUAUCAUAGACCUGGUACGCCCAGGACCAGACUUAGUGCAGACCAAAGAGCCAAUCUUCAAUCCCUCCUGUCCAGAUUUCCAGAGUAUGGCAGUGGUCCCUGAAAGUCACAUUGAUGCGAGGCCGAGGCGUGACAGCUUACCAUCUGAGUACAACCCGCCACUCCCAAGUGGUAGCUAUGGGCCAUCAGACAGCCACCACUCCUACCAUCCACCAGGGUGCAUCCCCACCCCAGUCCUGAUAGCCCAGAAGAUAGCAGAGACCCAGUCCAACACUCUUCCCUCCUCACUCCACCGUAACAGCAUGGAGUCAGAAAAGCCACUACACUACAGCACAGACCACACCAUGAAACAUGGACCUCCUACCUCUGCUAAGCCGACACGGUUCCCUCCUAACAUCAGCAUCAUCCUGGGCAACAAAGAGCACCAGAGCCAGUCUUUGGCUAAUGUGAGCAUCGAGGAGAGACGGGCACAGAUGCUGGCAAACCUCACGGGAACUUCACAUCCUCUGCUGCAGGAAGAUCCUCAACAGACCGCAGAGCGGGCCAGAAAUGUUCCCACUCGCAGCGUUUCCUUCAGGGACCCGACUCCAAACAAAUCCAGGAUGGAGGCCCUGUCUAAGCUGGGUCUUAACAGGAACCGAGCCAUGUCUGGGGGUACAACACUCCCUUCUAUUACUACCUUUCCAGAUCCUCCCGCAGGCCCAGAGACCAGUGCCAAGCCUCCAGAGGUCAGUGUUUCCCCAACAACAGAAAACACAACCAAACUACCAGAAGCCAAAGUUCCAUCACCACAGAUCCAGAGGCAUUAUGACAGAAAAACGGAGAUCCAACCGAGUCCAACAAAUUACCGCCGGAAUUGGGAAGAAAGACAUCCCCAGCCAAGCCCCUCCCCUCCUGCAGUCACACAAAGAAGUUUCUCUCCACCUCCUUUGGAGAACAAGGCACCUGUCCUCCCUCCACCUGAGGUCACCUCGCUGGAAUUUAACAGCUAUGGAGGGAAAUCCAUCAUAGUGCACCCUUCUGUUUCCUCCAAGAGUGAACCUGUACCCUCUCCAAUGAGCCCUGAACCAAGAUACCUCCCCCCUGCACUGGCUAACCCCAGCGAGUUCAACAGUUUUGGGGGAAAGACCAAAGUCAUGCAUACCGGUCCCGUAGUCAUGACCAGGAACGACCUUCCCGACAUCCUCAGCUCGCACAUUAACAAGAGUCAAACUCUUCCUGCCAAACCAGAGCCACCUCCCAUUGAGCUCAACAGUUAUGGGGGAAAGAGUCGAACCUUCAACCCCUCUGCCGGGUUAAGCCGCUCUUCAGAAAGCCAGACAAGGAGCGUCAAACCUCCAGCCCCGACCCCGGCCCCGAGACCCCCAAGACACUCGUACCACGGCGUUACUCAGAAGCCGUCACAGCGCGAAGUCCUGCCCCCCGACCACAAGCGCAGAUCUGGCUCCAUGUUUCGUCCCCAGGGUAUCACCGUGCAGUUCGGCGGAAGCGGGACUUCGGAUGAAUCGCGCAAGGAGGCGCUGAAGAAAUUGGGUCUGCUGAAAGAGUCAGGAUAAACUGGAGAGAGUUUCUGUUUCCUGGUGUGAACCUGCUGGUGGAGGUGAUUCGCUACAAGCUUCUCCAUGUGCUGGAGGUGUGGUUUGAAAAUACUUCGACAGAGGAAUAAAACUGGAUCCUACGCUGAACCUGCACAGCCUGUUCCAUUGCUAACACAAAAAAAAACACUGAGAAACGAGUUCAGCUGUGCAGCAACUGCAGAGUCCCCGCUGGUUCAGUGACACGUGAACUGAAAACUGCAAAAUUCUGCCUCACAACUUUUCCAGAGACAAAUAUCAAAUAUUGUUUAGUCAUUUAUUCUCCAGUCUCACGUUUCUUUGACGCUAAUGAGGCUAAUUAUGAAGUCAAGAACAGAACAGAAGCACAAGGAAACUGAGGCAAUCAGUGAAUCAGUGAAGUCUGGGUCCAAAAGUUGCAGAUGAAACUUCGUCUUCAAGGGGUGUGGCAACAAAAUCCGACAGCGUCCACGAUAAGGCAAAAAUAAAAAAUAAAAAUGCUCCAACCAUGCACAAUCCAACCAUUAAAGGUCUCCCAUGACGGAGACUAUCAGACCUCACCAAUUCUUUAAAAGCACCUUACAAACGUAAACAUUAACUUAAUCAAAUCAUAGCCGGGAAAAUAAAUGUGUAAAUAAACGAGAGGGAAACAAAGCAUUUGUGAGGAACUAUUUUAACACACGUUUGAUGCUGCACAGACGAUUUCAAACAGCUUUUACUUUUUAUUUUUGUUGAAAAAUAACGUGGUGUCAUCAGCAAAAUGGCGGAUUUCAGUUUUUUUAUCAUUAUGUUAACGUUUACUGACGCGACUUAAUGUGAGAAUUGACAUACCUACAAAAACUAAAGGGGGGCGUGGGUUCAUUUAGCCCUGACCUCCGAUCUGUUUAGCACGGCCCUGAAGAAAUUCUGAUGUAUGAAAUAUUUUUGAAUUACAGUUCAUUUAAGACACAUGCUUAUUAUGCAUAAGUGCAAUCUCUCACCCAACUCCAUUUAUAUUGUAUGUUUUUUUUUAGAUUUUUUUAACGUAGACUGUGAAGUCUUUUCUGUUCAUUUUACUCAGCGGUUUUCUUUGUUUAAAUGUUAUUUUCUGGGCUUUUCGGGCAAGAACAAAGUUAAAAAGCACUUUUUUCUGGAACUUUAUUUUGUAAGAACAGGAACCAAACGACUGUUGUUGUCGUGAACUUAAAGUGGAAAAAAAGGAGCAGGGAUUGAAAAGAAGACUCAAGCAGAGCUGGAGGUUUAUUUUUACUCGCCGGACAAAAACCUCCCACGUUAAACCGCAGACUGUGAAGUUUUUGGUUUUUUUGUGGGCGGGACUUUUACUUUUACACUUUUACACGUCUCUCUCUCGAAGAAGAAGGAGUGCCCCCACAUGGUUGUUGUAGAAAAACACCAGCAUUAAAAAAACACAGCCUCUAGAAAUACACACUGGUUUACUCAUGUGUGUGUUUUCAUUCCUGUCCAGCUGUGUGUUAUUUAACUGUUGUAGUGGCACUAGCAUGAAUGUGUGUGUGUGUGUGUGUUAAAUCCAGACUCCGCCCCCUGUAGUUUCUCCUACAGUAACUUUUGAAGUAGAUCAUUAUUUGUAAUAAUGAUGUUGUUGUUGUUUACAGACUCCGGUUCUUGCUGUCGUUCAUCUACAGUUAUUUUUGAAGUAUCUCAUGGUGCCUAUAUACAGUUUAUAUAUACACAUAUAUGUAUUUAGUAUAUAACUACACGUGUGUUUUUUUCAAACAUCCGUGUGUGUGUGUGGGUGUGUGUGUGUUGAUGUAAAGUUGCUGCUAUGAUUCAAAUCCUGUUCUACUUUCUGACUUUGUCAAAUGUCCACAUUAUAUAAAUAUAUAUAUAUAUAAUUGUAUGGUAACUCUUUACAAUAAAGCCCACAUUAAAAAUGCCAUUUUAAGCUUUUACUAACACUUUAUUAUAUAUGUUUUACAGCAUAAUUACAGGAGAGGACAAAUUAGGGCAAAUGUUGAAUGUCAGAAUUCAAAUUUUUAAGGGUUAAUAAAGGGUAGCGUAUUUUUAAAUUGCGCUUAAUUAUGAUUACGUAGACUCUGAAAAGAAUUUUUUAGAAUAUUUAUUAACCAUUAAUCAUCAUUACUUAAUUAUGAUUAAGCAUACGUUAUCUUAACUAUUGUUUAAUCAUCAUGACCUAACUAUAAUUAAACAUCAUUUACCUUUAUUAAGUCUCUGUGAGCCUUUUUGUAAAGGAUAAAAUGUCAUAAAUGUAUGGGAGUACAGAAUUAAAUACAGAAUGUCAAUAAAUGAUAAUUAAGCAUUUAUUAAA